CUCUUAAAGUAACUACAGCAGAAGUGCUGACAGGUGAAAUACUCGGGAACUAAAGUAUUACAGCAUCUUCCCAUUUUAUCUCUGUUCCUUUAUGGAAUGUCUGGAGGAUUUGAUCCUCCCACUCCUGAAACUGUGUGUAGCCUGAAACUGAUUUAAAAAAAAAAAGGUAUUUUAGAUGUCCCAGAACUGAUUCUUCUGUUUUAUGAAUAAUAGUGAAGCAUCCAAGUGAAAUAAGCUCAGCAUUCAGAAGUAGUUCAGUAGACCUCCAGCUACUGGGAUAAUUGACUUUCAUGUAGACUUGAUGGUAGACCAUUUCAUGUUUCACUUUACAAAUAUGUUAACUUUAUAAACUUGUGAAAGUGUUUAGGAAACUUUUUUUAGAUGAGACAUAUUUAACAUAUUGCAUUUUAUACACUUGGAGCUUUACAUACAUUUUUACUUUAGGGUAUUAAAAUCAAAGACAACCAUACAAAGAGCUGGUUAAAGAAAAUGGGUGUCUCCUGCAUUAAAGUUAAGUGGAAGAAAAUUAUUCCAUAUUGACCUUUGCACUCCCAUUGUUCCUUGCGUUGCUGAUGCUGUGUAUGGAUCAAUAUCUGUGUGCUGAAGUGGCCUCACCUUUUCAACUUGUUGCCACAAUACGCAACCUGAGGCUCUUCGGCUUGGAAAUGACGUGUCUACGCAAGAUCUAGCGAGCCCAUAAAGGAUGGACUGUCCUCUCACUGUCAUACUUAGGGAGAGGGCAGAAAGAGCGAGUUGGACCACAGAAGACCAGAGAGACUCACUGAGCAUAAAGAUACUAUUCUCGGCUUUGGUGAAGAAGACUAAACAGUUAGCGGGGGUGCACAGUGGAGGAUAAGACAGGAGAGCACCCACUCUGUGGGAAAGGAGCCACUCAGGGGACACACAAAUGUAAGCGACGCGCACGGAAACUACUCAGGUGAAGAGAGAAACCAAACUGGCGGCGCACUUAGGAUGCAGAAGUCACCAGUGGAAGAUGCAAACUUCUUCUCCAAAUAUUUCUUCUGUUGGAUGUCACCACUGUUGAGGAAGGGCUUCAGAAAGAAGUUGGAGUUGACAGAUGUGUACAAGGCUCCUUCCUUUGAUCUCGCAGACAACCUCUCUGAGAGACUCGAAAGAGAAUGGGACCGAGAGGUGGUGUCAGCCAAGAACAAGCCCAGGCUGAUGAGAGCGCUGGCCCGCUGCUUCCUCGGCCCCUUCGCCUUCUUUGGUGUCCUCCUAUACCUCGGAGAGGCUUCCAAGACCGUGCAGCCUCAGCUGCUGGGUCGCAUCAUCGGCUCAUUUGACCCUGUCCAUGUAGAGGAGCGGGACCAGGGAUACUUCCUGGCCCUGGGCCUAUGCCUCCUCUUCAUAGCCCGCUUCCUCUUGCUGCAACCUGCCAUCUUUGGCCUGCAUCAUCUGGGCAUGCAGAUCCGCAUUGCCCUUUUCAGUCUUAUAUACAAGAAGACCCUAAAGCUGUCCAGUCGAGUUUUGGAUAAGAUCAGCACUGGUCAGCUGGUCAGUCUGAUGUCCGCCCACCUCAACAAGCUGGAUGAGAGCUUGGGUCUGGCCCACUUUGUAUGGAUCACCCCCCUGCAGUGUAUACUGUGUGUGGGUCUGAUCUGGGAGCUGAUCGAGGUGAACAGCUUGUGCGCACUGGCAGCUCUGACUCUGCUGGGCCUCAUCCAGGCCUGGCUGUCCCAGAAGAUGGGACCUCACCGGGUGAAGCGAGGAGGGAUGAUCAGUCGUCGCUUGGCUCUCACCACAGAGAUUGUGGAGAACAUCCAUUCUGUGAAAGCGUACGGUUGGGAGGAGGUGAUGGAGACCAUCAUCAAGAACAUCAGGCAGGACGAGAUGACGCUGACGAGGAAGAUCGGUUCUCUGCGUUACUUCUACAGCGCCUCGUAUUUCUUUUCCGCCAUCUUGGUCAUCGUGGCUGCCAUCUUGCCGCAUGCACUCACUAAAGGCAUCAUCCUGCGUCGUAUCUUCACCACAGCCUCCUACUGCAUGGUGCUAAGAAUGACCCUGACCCGCCAGCUGCCAGGAUCCAUCCAGAUGUGGUACGACACGCUGGCACUGGUCAAAAAGAUCGAGGAAUUCUUGAUGAAGGAAGAAUACAGAGUGCUGGAGUACAACCUGACCACCACGGAACUGGAGCUGGUUAACGUGUCUGCAUCCUGGGACGAGGGCAUUGGUGAGCUGUUUGAGAAGAUCAAACAGGAGAACAAAGCAAAUGGACACCUGAACGGUGACGCCGGCCUCUUUUUCACUAACCUCUACGUCACACCUGUUCUCAAAAACAUCAGCCUGUACCUAGAGAAGGGCAAGAUGCUGGCUGUGGCUGGAUCCACUGGCUCAGGGAAGAGCUCCCUGCUCAUGAUGAUCUUGGGAGAGUUGGUGCCAUCGGAGGGCAAAAUCAGACACAGUGGUCGCAUCUCCUUCUCACCGCAGACUGCCUGGAUCAUGCCGGGGACGAUUCGAGACAACAUCCUGUUUGGCCUGACCUAUGACGAGUACCGCUACACCUCUGUCAUCAAGGCCUGCCAGCUGGAGGAGGACUUUGCCUUGCUGCCUGAGAAAGACAAGACGCCCCUCAUUGAAGGAGGGGUGACACUCAGCGGUGGUCAAAGGGCUCGACUUGGCCUGGCAAGGGCAGUGUAUAAAGAUGCAGACCUCUACCUGCUGGAUGCACCUUUCACCCACCUGGACAUUGUGACGGAGAAAGAGAUCUUUGAGAAAUGUGUCUGUAAACUUAUGGCCUCCAAGACACGUAUUGUGGUCACCAGCAAGUUGGAGCAUCUCAAACGAGCAGACAAAAUCCUUCUGCUGCACAAUGGAGAUUGCUACUUCUACGGCACCUUCUCAGCGCUGCAGGCCCAGCGCCCUGACUUCAGCUCCCUCCUCCUCGGCAUGGAAGCUUACGACAACAUCAAUGCAGAGAGGCGCAGCUCCAUCCUCACAGAAACUCUCCGCAGGGUCUCCAUAGAUGAAACCGCUGGCUUCCGAGGCCCAGAGCCAAUUCGCCAGUCGUUCCGCCAGCCACCGCCUCCGGUAAUAGUCUCUGGAUCCCAAGGCCAUGUUGGAGGUGAUGGCUACCCAGAAAAACGCAAACAGUCCCUCAUCCUCAGUCCCCUGGCAGCUGCUCGCAAGUUCUCCUUCAUCGGGAACUCCCAACAAACUGCAAAUACACCUCAGUCCAUGACGAUAGAGGACGGGGUUCGUGAACUUUCUGAGAGGAAAUUCUCUGUAGUGCCUGAGGAUGAUCAAGUAGAGGAGGUGCUUCCGAGGGGGAACUUGUACCACCAUGGGUUGCAGCACCUCAAUGGGCAGCGGCGGCAGUCUGUCCUGGCUUUCAUCACCAACUCUCAGGGCCACGAGCGCAGAGAGCAGAUGCAGUCCUCCUUCAGAAAAAAGCUAUCCAUCACGCCUCAGUGUGACCUGGCAUCUGAGCUGGACAUUUACGCCCGCCGCUUGUCAAAGGACAGCAUUUAUGACAUCAGUGAGGACGUGGAUGCAGAAGACAUGGAGAAAUGCUUCGUUGAUGAACGCGAGAACAUCUUUGAAACUACCUCAUGGAGCACUUACCUACGUUACAUCACCACCAACAAGAGCUUAGUCUACGUCCUUAUUUUUAUUGUUUUUGUCUUCAUCCUUGAGGUAGCCGGUUCAGUCAUUGGUAUUUUCCUCAUCACUAAAACGAUCUGGAAGGACAGCACCAGCCCUUCAACACCCAACUACAUUGAUGGGCAGCACUCCAACACCUCGUCGCCCCCCGUCUUCCUGGCGAUCAUCGUCACACCUACCAGCGCCUACUACAUCAUCUACAUCUAUGUUGCCACAUCGGAGAGCGUGCUCGCCUUAGGAUUCUUCAGGGGUCUCCCAUUAGUGCACACAUUACUCACGGUGUCCAAAAGACUGCAUGAACAGAUGCUUAGCGCUGUAAUACGAGCCCCCAUGGCUGUGCUCAACACUAUGAAGACAGGCCGGAUCAUGAACAGAUUCACCAAGGACAUGGCUACUAUAGAUGACAUGCUGCCUCUGGUGCUGUUUGACCUCAUACAGCUGACAUUGAUUGUUACGGGUGCCAUAUUCACUGUGUCCAUCAUGCGGCCUUACAUCUUCAUCGCUGCCAUCCCAUUAGCUGUCAUCUUUGUUGUCCUCAGAAAGUACUUCUUACGGACUGGACAGCAACUCAAGCUACUGGAGGCUGAAGCUCGAAGCCCCAUCUUCUCACACCUCAUAAUCUCGCUGAAGGGUUUAUGGACAAUUCGGGCGUUUGGGCGUCAGACGUACUUUGAGAUGCUCUUCCACAAGGCGCUGAACACUCACACAGCCACCUGGUUCCACUACCUGGCCACACUGCGAUGGUUCCUCUUCCGCUGCGACAUGAUCUUCGUCCUGUUCUUCACUGCCGCUGCCUUCAUAGCCGUGGGAACCAACCAGGACAAACCAGGGGAGGUUGGCAUCAUCGUGGCCCUAGCCAUGCUCAUCCUGGGGACUUUUCAAUGGGCUAUCAUCACCAGCAUCACUGUAGACGGACUGAUGCGUUCAGUGGAUCGGGUGUUCAAAUUCAUCGACCUGCCAUCAGAGGAGCCGCUGCCUGGGAAAUCCAGAGGUAAAGGAGGCCCAGAUCUCAUCAUUGACAACCCUCAUGCCCAAGAAUGCUGGCCCAGUCACGGCCACAUGGAUGUCAAGGGCCUCACUGUCAAAUACACGGAGGCUGGACGCGCAGUGCUCAGCGACAUCUCCUUCUCUGUGGAGGGUGGGCAGAGCAUGGGUCUGCUGGGUCGAACAGGUUCAGGGAAGAGCACCCUGCUCUCCGCUCUGCUGCGUCUCGCCUCCACUGACGGAGAUAUCUCCAUAGACGGCGUCUCCUGGAGCUCUGUCUCCCUGCACACAUGGAGGAAGGCCUUUGGAGUGGUGCCGCAGAGAGUCUUUAUUCUGACCGGCACGUUCCGGAUGAACCUGGACCCACAUGGACGUCACAGCGAUGAGGAGCUGUGGAGGGUAGCAGAGGAGGUCGGUUUGAAGUCCGUGAUCGAGCAGUUUCCAGACAAGCUGGACUUUCAGCUGGAGGACGGAGGCAACGUGUUGAGCAACGGACACAAACAGCUGCUGUGUCUCGCCCGCUCCAUCCUCAGCAAGGCCCGCAUCCUGCUGCUGGACGAACCCUCCUCCUACCUCGACCCCAUAACGUUACAGGUCCUGAGAAAGACGCUGAAGCAGGCGUUCUCUGGCUGCACAGUCAUCCUAUCAGAACACAGAGUGGAGCCGCUGCUGGAGUGUCAAUCAUUCCUGAUGAUCGAGGGCAGCUCCAUGAAAAGCUACGACUCCAUCCAGAAGCUGCUGAAUGAGACGAGUCACCUUAAACAGGCCAUGAGCCCCGCGGACCGGCUCCGUCUCUUCCCGACCCUUCACCGCCUCAACUCUAGCAAGAGGGCGGCACCGCAGACCGCCAAGAUCUCGUCCCUGCCAGAGGAAGCUGAGGACGAAGUCCACGACACUCGCCUCUAA